AUUGGAGGGGAUGAAAUUGACGUAGAGUGCCAGGAGGAAGGCAGCAGCAGCAGCAGCAGCAGCAAAUAGCCAGCAUUUCGUUCGUUCUCCGUUGGUUCUUGGUGAAUCCGUGAUCGUUAUCCGUGACUUUGUACUUCGUGGUGCCAUAUCCUCAUUGCUUCGACUCGUUUCGGCGUAUCUAGGCAACUUUUUGCCCACGGAAGUUGCGAGUUGGCAAACUGAGUGGUAGCAGCUAACAAUUGUUAUAGUAGCCUUUGGCAAGAGUGAAUAAUAGUGCAAUAAGCUUUUAUUAAUCGAGUACUAAUAUACUUCGGUCUUAAGAUGGAUGAGGAAUACGACGCUAUUGUCCUCGGAACGGGACUAAAGGAGUGCAUCCUUAGCGGGAUGUUAUCCGUUAGCGGGAAAAAGGUUCUACAUGUCGAUCGCAACAAGUACUACGGCGGUGAAUCCGCCUCCAUAACGCCACUCGAAGACCUAUUCAGCAAAUUUAAAGCACCACCACCGGAUGAAACCUACGGCCGUGGUAGAGAAUGGAAUGUGGAUUUGAUUCCCAAGUUUUUGAUGGCAAAUGGCAUGCUUGUGAAGCUCUUAAUUCACACCGGAGUAACUCGGUAUCUUGAAUUCAAGUGCGUAGAGGGUUCCUAUGUAUACAAGUCUGGAAAAAUUUCCAAAGUGCCUAUCGAUCAGCAGGAAGCAUUAACUAGCGAUUUGAUGGGAAUUUUUGAAAAGAGACGAUUCCGAAACUUCUUGAUCUGGGUUCAGAAUGUCCAAGAAGACGACCCUAAGACCUGGGAUGGAUUUGAUCCAUUUUCAAACAACAUGCAAGCCCUCUACAGCAAAUUCAAUAUCGACAAGAAUACGCAAGACUUCACUGGUCAUGCACUUGCUUUGUACAGGGAUGAUGACUACAUUGUUCAAAGUGCUAUUGGUACUAUUCGGAGAAUCAAAUUGUAUAGUGACAGCUUGGCACGCUAUGGAAAGUCUCCAUACCUAUACCCAAUGUAUGGUUUAGGGGAACUACCCCAAGGUUUUGCGCGGCUAAGUGCGAUUUAUGGAGGCACUUACAUGCUAGACAAACCCAUAGACGAAAUUGUCAUGGAGGACGGCAAGGUAGUUGGAGUUCGUUCUGGAACGGAAGUAGCUAAGUGCAAGCAGGUAUUUUGCGACCCAACUUACGUUCCUGAUAAGGUCCGUAAAGUAGCACAAGUGAUAAGAUGCAUUUGCCUUUUGGACCAUCCAAUUUCAGGAACUGGUGAUGCUCUUUCAACACAGAUUAUCAUCCCACAGAAACAGGUUAAUCGCAACUCUGAUAUCUAUGUGUCGUUGGUAUCACAUACACAUCAAGUAGCAGCCAAAGGCUGGUUUGUAGCAAUGGUGUCAACUACGGUGGAAACAAGUAAUCCCGUAGCUGAAAUCAAGCCCGGUAUUGAUCUGCUUGGUCCGAUUAGACAGAAAUUUUUUUCUGUUUCGGACUAUAUGGAGCCAACUGACAAUGGUUUGGAUAGUCAAUUAUUCAUUUCAACAAGCUACGAUGCCACAACGCAUUUCGAAACAACUUGCCUGGAUGUUUUGGACAUUUUUAAACGCGCUACCGGAGAAGAAUUUGACUUCAACAAAGUCAAGCAAGAAUUAGGGGACGAAGAUCAGUAACCAUAAUUAGUGAAUGAAUUGAUAUACGAUGCUUGGAUUUAAUUCAAGCCUAAUCCAAAGGGUUCAUUACAUCCCGUACUAUAAGUAUCAUUAUUCUUAAUUUUGUUAAGUCUAGGAUACUGUGAACACGAUGUAUGUAUCAUAAGAUGUAUGAAAAAAAAGUCAAUGAAUUUUA